AUGACUGCGGGAAACAGCUCGAAGCUGCCGCGAUUUGACUUUGACAAAAGCACAAAAGAACAAAUCUUGGCCGCUCUCGAGAAGUCACAGCAAGAAGACGACGAUCAACCGCUGAUCAGUGCGCAACAUUCACAAUCAAAGACAAACUACGAUGUUAAGAAGCUGGCAGACUCCCCAAUAGUCAAGGCAUUUACUGCUGCUGAAAGGAGACGGUUGUCCAGAUUCCAAAUCGAAAAAGUGAUAUUUACUAAAGAGAAGAGGAAAAGGCAAAUCAAACUUUUAUGUACAAAUUCAAACCGCAUUAACAAAGAUUGUACUUGA